AUGCGGCUUAUCAACGUCCAUACUGGGAGGUUGGAGGAAUUUCACAGUGCCGUUCCCCCAUACGCGAUUCACUCGCACACUUGGGGUUUCGAUAAGGAAGAGAUCUCGUUCGAAGAUAUUCAGAGUGAUGAGACAACAAAGCAGGGGCCUGGUUUACGGAAGCUCCAGGGCUGUUGCAAACAGGCUAUACGCGAUCGUCUGCAGUACGCCUGGGUCGACACUUGCUGUAUCGACAAGAAGAACUCUACUGAACUUCACGAGGCUAUUAACUCCAUGUUUGAGUGGUAUCGGAAAGCAGAGGAAGCUUUCGAAACCAAGUUCAGAAGGAGCCGGUGGUUUGAACGGGGUUGGACUCUGCAAGAACUUCUAGCACCAAGGAUGCUAGCCUUCUACGACCACCAUUGGAAUGCUUUAGGUACGAAGAAGGAGCUGGCGGAUCAGAUCCAGGAUAUCACAGGGAUUCCAACGGAAUAUCUGGUGGGCAGACAUAGACUCCAAGGGGCAAGCGUGGCACAAAGGAUGUCGUGGGCUGCCACGAGAGAGACCAAAAAGGCGGAGGAUAUGGCAUAUUCUCUCAUGGGCAUAUUCGACAUCAAUAUGUCCAUGAUCUAUGGCGAAGGAGGAGCAAAGGCUUUCGGCCGACUUCUGAAGGAAAUCAUGGUCAGGUCGGCAGACGAUUCAACCCUUGCAUGGGACCUCAACACCAUCCCAACCGACAUCAACGGUCUAACCGUCUCCGGAGAUCGCCAUGGUGGGGUUCACCCAGUAAGCCCGGCGGCAUUUCGCUAUAGCGGUGCCGUGGUAAGCUCCUGGUCAGCUCCUGAGCCAACAGUAGAAGGCUCGGGCGUUCUACACGGCAACUUAACCAUCCGUGUUCCGCCCAUGACAACAUCGAGUGGGGAUACAUACGGCUUACUUAAUUGCUCCAUUUCGAAUCGACCGGAAACUUUCAUUGGUAUUCCUCUGUGUCGCAUUCCUCACGGGUUGUCGAACGCCGAAUUUGUGAGACCAGCUGGAAGUGAGGCAGUCGCCAUUCCAGCUCCUAGACGGACGUUAGACCACCAAUCCAUACGUGUAUUCGAGUCGCAGAAUCUGGAUGACUGCAGACGGAUGGACCGACAAUAUGGGUUCUUCAUUGAGAUGGCUCCCGGAUUGGGAAUAUUGGAGGUCUACCCAAGCGAUCGAUGGGAACGAGAAAGAUCCUAUAUCCUCUCUGGCAACAUUGGCUUUCGACACAGAAAUAUACAGCGUACAUGGGUUAGAUUUCGUGAUACUGAACGCAGUACAAAAGACUUCUUUAUUGCGCUGAACAUCGAAAACAAGGAGACCAAGUCGGAAGCUCGAUGCCAUGUUUUGGUCGCAUCCAGAGAUACAACAUUGCGCGCGAUAGCCCUUGAGUCUCCAGGGCUGACUUUCAACAUCUUUGGGAAAACCAUGGCCUCAAACGGGUUUUACAGACUCACGGCUAACGUAACCGAAAAGCAGCAAGGCCAGCAGGUUUAUUUUGUCAUGAAGCUAAAACCUUCUGACAAGUCGCCGCAGUCGACUAUUAACAUAUCCGCGGCGCUAGAAAGCCUUCGAGAGUCAUCAAGUAGUCGUUGCUUGGGGCAGGACCUUCUCGGGCUUGGAGUGGCAAACUCAAUUGGUCGCGCCAAAGGGGAAGUUGACAACAAAGGGAGACGACUCCGAGCACUCCAACUGCAAAUUUCGGAGCUGAAAGAGGAAGAGCGGAAGUUGUCAGAUCAACUGAGGAUAGAAAAGGAGGAUCUGAAAGUUCUACUAGGAGACAAUUCCGAACUAUGA